AUGUCGGACGAUGAGGAUAGUUUGGCGGUCACGAGAUCCAGAAGGGCCAAUGCCGGAUCUCGGAUGAAGCAGUUGAUCGAAUUGGAGGCUCAAUCUACCGAACAUUUACUGCAAUUUGUAACUGAAGACGAUGAAAAUGUUAAUCUAUUAUUUCAGGAAACUGCCAAUGAUGAGGAAUUCAUAGAUGAAGAACUUGAUGAUGAAGAUCUCGAGGAUGAGGAUGAGGAAGAACAACCAAAUGGUGAGAGCGGAGAAAAAAAAGAAUCUCGAAAACGGUCUAGAAGUGAUAAUGAGGGAGAAGGAGAAGGAGAGGAAGACGAAGAAGAAGAUAACGAUGAAGAAGAUGAUGGUCCAGUUGUAAAUUCCGAUGAUGUAUUAUCUGAUUCAGACUUAUCUAUGUCUGAUGAAGAUGAGAGUGAAGGCGAGAAGGAACUUCAGAAACAAGAACGAUUAAAGAAAAAGAGAAAGAAGGUUAUAAUACCGACUAUUAAGAAAGCUACGAUAACUACGAAAAAGACUAUACCUAAACCAUCUAAAAAGACUCAUUUAGUAACUUCCGAUUCACUUCUAUUAUCAGAAAGAAGAUCUUCAUCUAGAUCUGCUGCAUUAGAGAGUAAACAUGCUUUAGUGGAAAAGUUAAAACAAAGUGAACAACGACGUUCACAAAUGGCACCAGUAGUAAGAGUUAAAGUAGUAGAGAAAACUCAAGAAGAAAGAUUAGCAGAAGCGGUUGAAACAGAACGAGUUAAUGUAGAAUCCCUUCAUAGAUUCCGAGAACAAGAAAUAUUUAAGAAAGAAAAGCAGAAACAAAUGUUUCUUCUGAAAAGACGAAAGUUAAGAAAUGUAGUAAGAUUAGUCAGUCAAGAAACAUACAUCACACCUGUUGAAGAAAUAGAGUAUUACAAAAAGAUGUAUGAGCAAAACAAGAGGAGACGUACCGGUAGAAAAAAGAAGACUCAAGGUGAUGAACCUGAACCGUAUACAAUGCUAUAUGGGGAAGUCGAUAUGGACUUGCCAUUGGUGAAACAGGAAUUGGAACAGCAACGGUUGGAGAAUGAACGACUUGAACAGGAAAGGAAGGAGCAAGAGGAGAAGGAGUUGAAGAUUAAAGAGGAGCAGAAAGAGGAUAUAGUGGAAGAGAAAACCGAAGAUCAGAUAACCGAAGAUCAGAUAACCGAAGAUCAGAUAACCGAAGAUCAGAAAGUAGAGGGGGAGAAGGAGGAGGAGAAGGAGGAGGAGGAUAAGAAGGAGGAUAAGAAGGAAGAGGAACAAGUAAUUGAAGAUAAGAAGGAAGUUGUUAAGGAACAGAAUGAAGAAGAACAGAAUGAAGAAGAACGGAAAGAAGAGAAAGAAGAGAAAGAAGACCAUAGUAACGAAGCUGUACCAGAACAAAUCAAGACUGAGAAUAAAAUUGAAGAUAUUGAAACUGUGGAUCUUGUUUCAGCUGAUAGCUCAAUGGAUAUUGAUGCAAAUGGCUCCAGCAGUAUUCCAAAGGAUGUCACUGAAGAUGAUACCAUCAUCAAUGAAACUCUUGCUGUAACAGAGGAUGAAGGAGAGACAGCUAAAUCACUGCAAAAUGGAGAAGCUCAUGAAACAAUUGAAAGCGAGAAUUCUGACCAAAUACAAAAUGGAGAAGCUAAGUCUGAAACUCCAAUAAAGGAGGAUACUCAGGAAGUUUCACCUCCAUUAGAAGAAGCAGAUGUCAAUACCAGUGCCAAUGGACACGCAUCUCUUCAGGAAAAUGGAGAAAUCACAGAGGAUAAGACAGAAGAAGUUACGCAAGCAAAUGGCACAGAUACUUCUGCUCAAGAAGGAAGUCCAGAAAAGAAAGUCAAGUUUGCUGACUUACCUGAAGAUGUUAAAGAAGAAACCGCUUCUGUUGAUAAAGAAGAAACCGCUUCUGUUGAUAAAGAAGAAACGUCAGUUAUUGAAAAAGAGGAAACUCCUGCUACUGAUAUCGAAACACCAGUACCUGAACAAGAAGUAAAAGAUAUCUUUGAAGGUCCACCGCAAAGAGUAGCUCGAAAUACCAUUUAUUUACUUGACUUUGAAGAGGACAACAGAGAUAUGAGACUAAGUGUUAAUAACAUUAAAUCCAUUCUUUUUGGUGCUGAAUCACUCCUUCCAGCAUCUCGAAGAUUUAAAGAUGUUAAGACAAUUUUGAAAAUAGGAGAUACAGGGAAUCCAUAUGAAACUACAGGCAAGAGUGAAGAUAAUUCAGUAUUUGAACCAGUAUCUAAGUUAACAGCUGAUGAUGCAAUUUUUGAUGAACUUCGAAGAUUACCUAGAUUAGGUGUUAAGCAAGAUGUGAUUGAAACAGUUGAAGAUGUAGUAAAGACAGAAGAUACUGCCAUAGUAAUUAAUACUGAAGCACCUACAGGACUUUAUUUACCUAAUGGUAAUAAGAAGAAUUGCUUAAUUUCCGGUACUGAAGUUAAAUAUUUCGAUCCAUCUACUGGUAUUCCAUAUAGUUCAGUUGAAACUUAUAGAUUAGUGAAAUUAAUAGAACUGGGACAAAUUCCUUGGUAUAGUCUAACAGAAGAUAUGAAUGAUACCGGAGUAGUUGAGAUAUAUUUAGGAUCAAGAGAUGGUAGUGUUAAGCAUGCAAAGGGAGUUCCUCAAGGGUUUGAAGGAUAG